AUGGCGGUGCUCGACUAUGUGGACUACAAGGGCGAGUUUCGUAUCUGUUUGCCCCUGGAAGCGUACAUUCUGCCUGAGCUCCAACAUCUGCUGAUGAAAGGGAAUCUUGAUGUCGAGGUGGCACGCAUUGUGCUGCUUCUGACGAGGGAUGCGACCACCAGAGACGGCCAGUCGGUUGAUGCGUUCACGCUGUACAGUGACGAGAAUUGUUAUCGAGGCCAGCUUUGCUCCGUUUUGAGUCUGCUGGAACAUCUCGACGGCUCACAGAUUUCUUCUGCUGAGUUCAAAAGACCCAUGCUAUUCAACGCUGUUCGGGAAAGGGAACACAGCACCAAGGCCGUAGCAACACCGGAGAUAGGGCUCACAGACGAUGCGUCAGCAGAUCAAACGACUAAGUUCGAGUGUUGGAGGAAUGCCUGGAAGGAAUGGAGCGUUGGCUUCAGUCACUUUAUUGAGCUGAUGGAGGUGCCUACUGAAGUGACGCUGUGGUUCUUGCUGGGUCGACGUGCGGCGGGCGUGUUUCCGCGCAACCACAAGCGAGCUGAUCUGAUCAUCCCGAUCCUUCGCAAGAAUACCGGCGAGCUGACGCCUUCGAACGUGUUUGAUGUGGAGGAAGAGAACCAGAUCAAGAACGAGUUGUCCGAGUAUUCGACCUUCAAGGUAAUCCGGAUAUCCAUGGGACUACGGGAGUGCAGUGCGAAUCUACCGCCGCAGUCAUAUCUCAUCGAUAAUGACAAGGCAACGGCCUCAGAUAGAGGAAACUCGUACUUGUUGAGUCUCCAGGGCAUCUGCGGCUUGGAGACUUCGUUGACGCAUUGGCCGCUCUUACUGUCGGAGAAGAUUUCAGACCAGCUCGCGCACCUCGCCGACUCAAGGUGGUGGGACCCGUGGGCUCGGGUCCAAGCAGACCUGGCGCGUCGAGGCAAAGAGAGCACCGCUGGUGCGAUGAAAGUCGAAUUGCCCGACGACGAGUUAGUAGAGGGGGCAGCGUGUCCUCUUCGAAUCAUCCCGUACAGCGGAGAGUGA